UUCACUCAGAUACCCAAGAUGGCGGCAGCCUCAUCCAUCCAGCCGCCGAGCGUUCACUCUUCUCUAGCCGGGGAGAGCGCACUUUCUCCGGAGAUGGACAGCCCCGAGAGCCGGCAGCCGGAGGAUGAAGAGGCGGCGGCGGCGGCGCAGCCCUCCGACUCGGGGAUUAGCCUCCGCGACCUGCCGGACCUGGAGCCGGAGGAGAUCGAGAGGAGGCUGGCCAAAACUCGCCAGGAGCUGAGCAACAGGAGGAAAAUCCUCAUUAAGAACCUGCCGCCUGACACCACCAACCAGGAAGUCCAUGAAAUUCUGAAAGAAUAUGAACUGAAGUACUGCUUCGUGGACCGCAACAAAGGCACAGCCUUUGUGACUUUGCUGAACGGGGACCAGGCUCAGGAUGCCAUCCGCUCCCUCCAUCACAGCACUGUCCGGGGACGCUUGAUCAACGUCACCCUGCAGCCCACCGACUCCCUGCUCUGCCUCACCAACCUGCCCCACACCUUCACCGCCCAGCAGUUUGAGGAACUGGUACGCGCCUAUGGAAAUAUCGAGCGCUCCUUCCUGGUGUACAGCGAGCUGACCGGUCACUCCAAAGGAUAUGGGUUUGUUGAAUACAUGAAGAAGGACUCUGCUUCACGGGCCCGUUCUGAGCUGCUGGGCCGACCGAUGGGUGAUCGCUCAUUGAUGGUGCAGUGGAUGGACGUCAACCAGCUGAGCCAAGAGGAGAACCUGCACUCCAAGUGUCUGUGUGUGAACCGGCUGCCGCUGGACCUCUGUGACUCUGAAGAACUGACCCAGCUCUUCUCUGAAACCUACAAACCUGUCUUCUGCCAGCUUGCUCAGGAUGAGGGCAGCCCAGUCCGAGGCUUCGGUGUGGUAGAGUACGAGAGUGCAGAGCAGGCGGAGGCUGUACUGAUAGAGAUGGACCGAACACUGGUAGGAGGACAGGAGGUCCGUCUGUCACUCUGUACCCCCGGCACCUCAGGGAGAAGCACCCUGGCUGCACUCAUCGCCGCCCAGGGUAUGAUUCUGAGUAAUAGGAAAGGUCUGCUACCAGAACCAAACCUUGCCCAGCUGUUGACCAGUAUGACCAACCCCGCUGCCCUGCAGAUCCUCAUGAGACCGUACCACACUGGGAAAAGAGGAGGGAAGUAUGGGCGUCACACCAGCCUGCCGUUCCUCAGACCUCCUCUCACCACAGCUCUGCUCACACUGGGAAAAGCACACCAGAAUGCUAUGCUCGGUAAUGGACUAGUCCUCCAGAACCUCUUGCAUAUGCAGCUGGCACAACAACAGCUUCUACACAUUAAAGACAAACGCAUCAGCAGUGUCUCCAGUCUGCUCGGAGACCCGUCCAGGCUGCUGAUGCAGAAAGCUUUGUCUCUGCGUCCUCCAGGCCUCGUGCCACUGGGGAAAGGCCUGCUGGGAGACUCCCCUACUGCCUCCUCUUCCUCCUCCACCUCCUGCGACAGGCAACCAGCUCCUCCUGGGACCAUGUUGAGCUCCCAUCCGCAGGGACAGAGCUACUCUUUGGGUAUAAGUAACUCAGGCCUCGGUCCACCUCCACCCAACCCUCCUGGAGGAGUUUAUACAUCAACAGGCCAGCACAACAGCUCGGACGGGUGCUCCCUGGCUAGCAUGGUAAGCAGUGGUCAGAGCUCUCUGUUGGGCGAUCCUCCUAAAGAAGUCAGACUGCCUUCCAAUCCAUACCUGAACCUGGCCAGUGUAAUGCCAGGGGUGGUUCUGCAAGGAUCAGUGGGGAGUAAAGCCCAGGGAGGACAGCCUGGCCCCGGAGUGUACGGCACUUCGGUUGCUCCCGUCGUCUCCCAGGGCGCCGGCUCCUUUUCCCACAGCGCAGCAGCUACAACCACAGCUCCAUACAGCACUGAUACCUCCACUGACUACAGCCAAUACAACCAGGCCUACACACAGGAGGCCAUGCAGCAGUGGUACCAGCACUACCAAGCAGCACAAGCUCACACGUACAGCACUGCUGCUCCACAGGACAGCACGGCCACGGACUACAGCAAGGAGCACACACAGGCUCCACCAGUGUCGACCUACGGGGAUUACAGUUCCUACAUGCAGGCGGUCACUCAGUACUACUCUCAGCCUGCAACAGCCAACCAGGCCUACGCCAGCAAGGAGGUAGAUGUGUGUAAGCCUCUAGGAGUCUCCCUGCACGCAGUCAGUAACGGCGCGGCCCCUCCACCGGCCGUCCUACCAGCUGCUGCCGUGCUCCCAGCCUACAGCACCCUGCCUUUAAUGCCCGGCUUCCUCGGGGCGCCACACCCGGCGGCAGCCGCGCCAAGCCCUGUCACGCACGCACACACUGCCGCCACUGACUGGAACACCUACUACUAUAACCAGACAAGGGGUCAUAAGAGGGAGUACCCUCAGUUAGCAGUGCAGGAAGUGACAUCAUCAGACGGUGCCUACAUCGGGCAGCACUCCCAAGGCCUGGGAGGGCAGUACGCUGACUACUUUAAGAGGAAGAGGCUCUAGUAUGAACCAAACCACCUUAAAGCCUAAAGCUCAUGGAGGGAGGCACACACAGCGUCUGCUGGAUGUCACAGCUCCCUCUAGUGGCCUUUCUGUGGCGGCCAUUUUGCAUCCCUACAGUAGGUAUUGAGUUUAAUAGUAUUUGGGGUUGCAAAUGGCUCAAGUGAAAGUAAGCCAUAGUGCUCUUUGAUCCUGGCACUUAUGUAUAC